UGUUAUUAUUGGGGGGGCUGGAGCAGUAAAAAGAGAAGAAGGAAAAAAAGAGCGGGGCUCGGCUGGGAGAGGUUGAGCGCGGGGCUGACGGACAUCGGCGGCGAUGGAAGAACUUACGGCGUUCGUCUCCAAGUCUUUUGACCAGAAAGUGAAGGAGAAGAAGGAGGCGAUCACGUACCGGGAGGUGCUGGAGAGCGGGCCUCUGCGCGGGGCCAAGGAACCGAGCGGCUGCGCAGAGCCGGGCCGCGACGACCGCAGCAGCCCGGCAGUCCGGGCGGCCGGCGGAGGCGGCGGCGGAGGCGGAGGCGGAGGAGGCGGAGGAGGUGCAGGAGGAGGAGGAGCAGGCGGAGGAACUGGAGGAGGGCGCUCUCCCGUCCGGGAGCUGGACAUGGGCGCCGCCGAGAGAAGCAGGGAGCCGGGCAGCCCGCGGCUCACCGAGGUGUCCCCAGAGCUGAAGGAUCGAAAAGAGGAUGCGAAAGGGAUGGAGGACGAAGGCCAGACCAAAAUCAAGCAGAGGCGAAGUCGGACCAAUUUCACCCUGGAACAACUCAACGAGCUGGAGAGGCUAUUUGACGAGACCCACUACCCGGACGCCUUCAUGCGCGAAGAACUGAGCCAACGGCUAGGGCUCUCCGAGGCCCGAGUGCAGGUUUGGUUUCAAAAUCGAAGAGCUAAAUGUAGAAAACAAGAAAAUCAACUUCAUAAAGGUGUCCUCAUAGGAGCUGCUAGCCAAUUUGAAGCAUGUAGAGUGGCACCCUAUGUCAACGUAGGUGCUUUAAGGAUGCCAUUUCAGCAGGUUCAGGCGCAGCUGCAGCUGGACAGCGCCGUGGCGCACGCGCACCACCACCUGCACCCGCACCUGGCCGCGCACGCGCCCUACAUGAUGUUCCCGGCGCCGCCCUUCGGACUGCCGCUCGCCACGCUGGCCGCGGACUCGGCCUCGGCCGCGUCUGUGGUAGCUGCUGCCGCCGCCGCCAAGACCACCAGCAAGAACUCCAGCAUCGCAGAUCUCAGACUGAAAGCCAAAAAGCACGCGGCUGCCCUGGGUCUGUGACGCCAACGCCAGCGCCAACGUCGCGCCUCCAGCGUGGCGCGCAGCCUGCACGCCCUCCGCGCCCCGCUGCUCCUCCGUUACCCUCUCCGGACCUCCGGCGCCGAGCCUCCUUCCGCCCGCUGAUCGCCCCUUGCCCCCUUCCGCAUCCCGGGCUCGGAGGGCUGGACUCCGCGCGGGACCCGGGAUCCCACGUGGCACGCCAGCUCCGUGGCUCCUGACUAUUCACCUACCUAAGGGCCUAGAAUUCGCCUUUGUAGGGGCGGGCUGGGGAAGUCUGGAGAGAGACUGGAUGAGGGAGUGCUGGGACAGCGCAGUGUGGCUGACGGCAAAGAUGCACCGGUGGACUCCGGCAUAGAAAGAAACAUCAUGUUAAUAAAAAAUGAGUACAAAAAAAGAGUAGAAAAGACAAACCAGAGAGAAAAAGAGCAAGGGAACUUAUUGCUAUUUGACAGAAGCUGAAAUCGGAGAGAGAACCAUGGAA